UUUCAACAUAAUAAAAUGGCUGAAAAUUGAUUUUUCUACGCGGACGUGAGAUCCGUGAAGUUUUUGGCGUUUAUUCGCGAAUAAAUAACAUUAAAUGUCAAUAAACAGUAGUAUUUUGAAACAACGAGAAUUAUAUUGAUAUAGAUUGUGAUUUAUUUUAAAAAUAGUUACUACAGUUGAAUUGUAUAGCGAGAAGAAUCUGUACAUUAUAUUAGCUGGCGCAAAGACGUCUGUUAAAUUUCUAAUGUUUUUCGAAAUAAGAAUUCGCGCCUAAAUGAGUGCUAAAGGGCAGCACAAUUGCGUUUUGUGUGACUCGAAAUUAGAAUCCAAGGAAGCCUUGCAGGCACAUUUUAGGAAGCAUGCUAAUAAGGAAAUUGAUACUCGUGGCAGACCUGUGAAGACAAGCAAAAAUGCUGAUACCCAGUGUGAUAUGUGUGGAGAAGCAUUUGAUUCAAUUACUGCAACAAUAAGACAUAGAUUUAAGGUCCAUCCUAAUUCGCCAACAAAAUUUUAUUGCCAUUACUGUGGAAUGCAAUUUCCUCUAAAAACACACAGGGAUAAUCAUCAAGUGUCGCAUGAUUCAUCUGAAAGUGAGAGGAAAGAACAACAUAAAAAAUGUGAAGACUGUGAUGUAUUAUUUUAUAACGAGAAAGCUUUAGAUUAUCACUAUCGUUCUAUACAUAAGAGGAUGGUACAUCUAUUUCAACCAAUUGCAACACCUCCUCCUAGCAAUAAGAUCAAAGUGAAUUCAAUGAAUGAUGCUCUUAGUGUAUAUUAUUGCCAUUUAUGUGGUGCUGAGUAUAUUAUAAAAUUCAAUUUACAGCAGCAUUUAGAACGAGCUCAUAGUCAAGAAGAAAGAGAAGCUGUUCCUGAAGAUUUAAUAAAAUGUACGGUUUGUGCUGCUUUAUUUUGCAGUAAAAAGGCAUAUGAAGUGCAUAAUAGUUAUCAUCAACCAAAUGAUUUAUACGUGACAUCAGAGGAACAGAGGCUGCAAACUGUAACUAAAGUAGAUCAAGAUUUUGAUAUUAGACGAGUUGAGGGAGUCGCUGAUAAGUAUGUUCCAAAAACUAAUACACCUAAAAGGCCUGCUAAAAGUUGGAUAAAGCCUAGAAAAACACUGAAAAUAGAACCGAAAGAAGAAAUAGUUUCUUCUACAGAUGAAGAUGCUACUAAUGAAUCCAGUGAUUCUGAAAGUGAUCUUCCAUUGAAACAAAGAAUCGACAGCUAACGGAGGUCUUUCAUUAUGUAUAAAAUAUUUCUAAUAUGUUUCUAACUUCUUAAAUAUCAAAACUGUGUCAAAACGUUAUCGCAAAAUUAUCUUGCAAAUUUUACACCACGCUCUACGGUACACUAGUAUUUUCGUAUUAAUGUGUACGCAUAUCUUCGUUUACAUAUUUAAUUUACCUUCUGAAAAAUUUUUUCUGUCUGUGGUAUUAUUUAGUCAUUAUUGUAAAUAUAUUAUCUGCACUUAUAUAGAAUGCCUUUAUACUGUUGUGCAAAAAAUAGAUUUGUACCUUUAUAAAUGUUUGUGUAUAAUAAAUUAAUCUUUCUACUUA